CAGUGAGCACUGCGCUGAUUUUUCCUGUUGCCUGGCUAGUGACCCCCUACAGGAAGAUAGUGCGUGAGCCAGGGGGCGGAGCGGCUGGCUGCACAUGUCUGGCUGCUCUUAUCAACUUAUCAUAUAAGGGAAGGAAAGUGAUUGAUUCGGAUACUGACACUGUAGACUCAGGGGAGAGACAAAGAGUCCGUGCAGACCUCUGGAGUGAGCGGGGCUGCUGCUCCUUCCUCUGCAGGACAGCUCCCUGUGUGCCGGAGACAAAAGAAGAGACAACGCUGGGGGAUCAAGCCUGCCUCAGAAACGGGAGGAGAAGGCUCUCCCUGAUGGACUUGUUCACACAGCACGGCCCUGGGCUUUAGGCAGCAGCUGAGGGCUCGGGACGCAUACGUGCCUGCAAGUUUGCUGAACUCACAGUUUAUAACCCAAAGAGGGAAAAGAAUGUGGCAGAUUGUUUUCCUAACUGUUGGCUGUGAUCUUGUCUUGGCCUCAGCCUACAAUAAUAACUUUAGGAAGAGCGUGGACAGCGCGGGCAGAAGGCAGUACCAGGUCCAGCACGGACCCUGCAGCUACACAUUCCUGCUGCCGGAGAGCGACAGCUGCCGAUCUUCCUCCAGCCCCUACAUGUCCAAUGCCGUGCAGAGGGACGCACCCCUGGACUACGACGACUCUGUACAAAGGCUGCAGGUGCUGGAGAACAUUCUAGAGAACAACACGCAGUGGCUGAUGAAGCUGGAGAAUUACAUACAGGAGAACAUGAAGAAGGAGAUGGUAGAGAUCCAACAGAAUGUGGUGCAGAACCAGACGGCCGUGAUGAUAGAGAUCGGAACCAGCUUGCUGAACCAGACAGCGGCACAGACUCGGAAACUGACUGACGUGGAAGCCCAGGUAUUAAACCAGACAACAAGGCUUGAGUUGCAGCUUCUUCAACAUUCUAUUUCUACCAAUAAACUGGAAAAGCAGAUUUUGGACCAGACCAGUGAAAUAAACAAGCUACAAGAUAAGAACAGCUUACUAGAGAAGAAAGUGCUGGACAUGGAGGACAAGCACAGCGUGCAGCUGCAGUCAAUGAAGGAGCAGAAGGACCAGCUCCAGGUGCUGCUGUCCAGGCAGAGCUCUGUCAUCAACGAGCUGGAGAAGAAGCUGGUGACCGCCACCGCCAACAACUCGGUCCUUCAGAAGCAGCAGCAUGACCUGAUGGAGACGGUCAACAGCUUGAUGACCAUGAUGUCAACGCCCAGCUCUAAGGGCUCUGCUGCUGUCCCUAAAGAAGAGCAAACCACCUUCAGAGACUGUGCGGAAGUCUUCAAGUCAGGCGUCACCACCAGUGGCAUCUACACACUGACCUUCCCCAACUCCACAGAGGAGAUCAAGGCCUACUGUGACAUGGACAUGGGUGGAGGAGGGUGGACGGUCAUUCAACACCGGGAAGAUGGCACUGUUGACUUCCAGAGAACGUGGAAAGAAUAUAAAGAGGGGUUCGGGAGCCCUCUGGGAGAGUACUGGCUGGGCAACGAGUUUGUCUCACAGCUGACCAAUCACCGUCGCUACGCGCUGAAGAUACAGCUGAAGGACUGGGAGGGCAACGAGGCUCAUUCGUUGUACGAGCACUUCUACCUCUCCAGUGAGGAGUUCAACUACAGGAUUCACCUUACAGGACUUACAGGCACCGCGGGCAAAAUAAGUAGCAUCAGCCAACCAGGAAGUGAUUUUAGCACAAAGGAUUCGGACAAUGACAAAUGCAUCUGCAAGUGUUCCCAGAUGCUCACGGGAGGCUGGUGGUUUGAUGCGUGUGGUCCUUCCAACUUGAAUGGACAGUACUACCCACAGAAGCAGAAUACAAAUAAGUUCAACGGCAUCAAGUGGUACUACUGGAAGGGUUCUGGCUACUCGCUCAAGGCCACGACCAUGAUGAUUCGGCCAGCAGAUUUCUAAAUGCCUGCCUACGCUACCAGAAGAGGCUACUGUGUCCAAAGACUGACCCCAAAGCACAGAGCGGCACCAAUGCACAGCAGCCCCUUUCCACGUCGUUGGGAGGUGUUCCUGGGGGUGGGGGAGGAUCUGUGUGUGUCGGACUGAAGCGCAUCACUUAAGCCUGCACCGCUAACUGACCAAAGGAAACGCAAAGGCACUGAGGCCUGGAGAAACACCAGCGGGAACGUGACACUGAGGCUGAGAGUCAGAGGGACAGCACGCAGACUCUGCCAUGAGGAAGAGUGUUACCUGAGAGUUCAUCGGUAAAUAACUGGAAAA